AUGGCCAUCGGAGUCUACUUGCUGGUUUGCCUUACUUAUGCUACAUGUAUCCUUUUCCAUCAAACAGCAGCAAGAUCCUUCACCGUGGACUACAAAAACAAUGUCUUCCUCAAAGAUGGCGAACCAUUUCGCUAUAUUUCUGGAAGUAUUCACUAUUUUAGGGUCCCUCGCGUUUUUUGGCGUGACAGGCUCGAGAAGAUGAAAGCGGCAGGGUUAAAUGCCAUACAGACGUGAGUAUUUUUCAACUCAAAAGUCCAAUUUCACGAAUAUCUUCAAAUGUCAGUUUGUUACUAAUCAUAAUAAUAUAUGGUAUCAUGCAUAACGCACCGUCAAAAAGGAGUUUCAUGCAUGUUAAUAAUGGAUCAAACAGCCACCAAGAACUAAAGGAUUUCGUGCACAUAACAUACUCGACGAUCCAAACCUUAAAGAAUACAAAAGCCGUUUACAUCACAUUACUUUACGAAAUUCUCCCAUGCAGUCGAUGCCUCUAUGGAGAUAUACCGUGGAACUCAAUUUUGAGGGAGUUUUCUGCAGAUGGCCGAUUUUUUGUCUUUGGGGUCACUUUGUUGUUAGCCUGCGAACAGCAGACGCAUUUCCGGUCGUCGCUUCUCUCCCUCCGAAAAAUAUAGAGAAGCGACGACCGGAAAUGCGUCUGCUGUUCGUAGGCUACUUCGUUGUAGGUAGCCAAAAAAUAUAUUAGGACUUUCAAGAGGCACUUUAUAGAGAAAGUCUAAGAAAGACACUAAACUCUGGUCGUCUUGAAAGUUUAUUUUAGGUGGCUUUUACUUCUCAUCUGAAACUGUUAGUAACCCUCAGAUGCAUGGACCCUAAUGAGUUCCGUCGAAUGUUAGAGAACGUUUGUCUUAACUUAAAACCGAAAUUUUCAGGAGACCUUUUUUAAGAGAGUCUUACAGGGGUAUUUUCAUGAUACGUGAUCAGCUGUUUUUAUUUUUCGCGAAUUGUGAAUUCAAUAAAUAUCCUUCGUGUUCCGUGACCAAAUGGAAAAGCGUGUCCUUUAUAGAAAAACUGGAAUUAAUAAUCGAUAUUCGUGAUUUCAUUACUUAUUUUUUUUCGUGAUUUUCAGUUUCGAGACCUUUCCGGAAGAUGAGAUUUUGAAAGUGUCAAAUGAGAAUGAUGAGGUUUGGAAAUUGCUAUUUACAUCUUUCUUUUCCUUUUCGCCACUUUCAAGCUUUUUUGUCAGACACCUUUCUUGCUCCUUUACUGUUUGCGUUAGAGCAAGGUGAAAAACCAUACUUUACAUGCUGAUAUCGUCACUCGAUUCGGUUUGCAACUAGACUUGCAACAAGUCGACCUCUUUGCAAGAUUUGAAUACACAGUAAACAGAAAAUGAAAAUGAUAGGCUAGUAAAAAUAUAGAUGUCACUAAUUAAGUUUAUCACGUCUAUUUAUAUAACCACGACUCUAAUGUUUUGUAGGAGGUCUGUGUUUUGUCAAUAAUGUGAGUCUCGCGUACUUUUCUGACAGAGCCACGGUUGCUACGGAUUAGUUGUAAGAUCCUCUAAGGGAACAAGAAGGUCGUCGUUAAGGAAGUGAUCAGUUUUGUUAAAAUGAGAAGAGGAUAGCGCGUUUAAACGGAGUCCAGUCUGCAGUCCUGUCUUUGAUAGCGACAGAAUGAUAAAGUAGUUGCCAUAGACACACUAAAAUACUGUCAAAAUCCGUUAAAAAGGACACUGAAGGGGCCAUAGUAAGUGUCCGUAUUAACGGGGUGCCCGUAUUAAGCGGGUUGAAUUGAGAGGAAAUGUAAGGGCAACCUCGUCGUAAAGGGGGCAGGUGGCAGAGUUUGACAGUACAGCUUACAUCCCUCUUGUUGUAUGCGUAAUGAAAAUAGGAUACACAGGCUACCCAUAUCCUGAAGUACACCACAGGCCAACCUUCCCAGGUUCCUUUCAUACUCGUUCCCCUCUCUCUCGCUACGGGGGACGAGCGGCAGAGGACCCUGGGAAUAAAGGUUGUACCGCAGGCGUAUAGACCUUAUUCACGAUACCCGCCAUCUUUACACGCGCCUAAAAACUAACGGGUUAAAAGAGGUGUCACGUGGUUUCUCAGGGUGCAGACAAGCGGAUAAAAUCUGCCGAUACAAGAAAUUGCGUCGAGACUACUUAUUCCAGGCAACAAACAAUGAAAAACCUCUCCUCCUAAAGACAUGGCAAAUUAUCGGUGGAAGUCAUCGUUGCUACUUUUUUAUGAUGCGGUAGCGACCGUAGAUGCUCUCACAGCAAGCGAUAACGAUGAUGAAACUUGUCGAAACUCAGGAAACUCGAACUGUAGAUUUUGCAUGACUAAAAUCGUCGUCUCGUUUUGAGACAAUAAACAAUUUCGACCGCGAUUACUCGUAUUGGCAAAUUUCGUCUUAAUUUCCCUUUUGGAAGGUCCAUAAAAAAAAACAUAAAAUAACGGCUGUCGGUACCAGCUGCUCCUUUACUGUAGUGGUUAAGUAAGAAACAAAUGUACUAAACCGAGGUCGAGGCUUCCUGGCUGUCAGUAGUUUUUGGACUUUCUCUUUGUUUCUUUAAAACAACAAGUAAUUAAGGUCUCCUCAGUAUGUAAGGUUGAUGAGUUGUUCGACCUUCAUCUGAGUUUUAUCUUGUAGACAAUACCAUACGAAACCAUGAAAGGGCUUCGAUGGCCUUUCAUAUUUCUUCCCAAUACAAUCCUAUGGUUUAGUUCGAAACAACGCUGAAAGUGUCAUGAUACACUUAAAAACUUUAAUUCAAGUUCUCAACUGGAACCUCUGGCAAUGGAAUGGACUAUACCCAAAUAACAGAUCGUUAAACGAUCUUACUUCUGUGUUGUCUUUCUCACAGGUACAUAGCAUGGCAGGUCCACGAGAAAGUUGAAGGACAAUAUGACUUUGAGGGGGGAAACGAUUUUGUUGACUUCACGCAGUUGGCAGGAUCUUUGGGGUUGCUGGUGAUUAUAAGAGCAGGUAAGUUAAACGAAAAAAGAGAUAAUACACCCCAUAUACCUCAGAAAAGGCGCUCGCUGGAAUUCGUUAGCAGUAUAGCAUAGACCGAGAAGUCCAUUUUAAAGUGGAAUCUCUUUAGGGUGAAGUGGAGGAGCUGACUUUGAAAACUUUUACUUAGUCCAACUCUCUUCACUUAUAGAUCGUUUAGUCUCUGUUGUCCCGCUAUAUGUGCUAAUGAAAUAUUGUUACAUAUAUAUGCUCAUUGCUUUAAUUAGCUUCUGUACCUUCCAUUAACAAAAGUCUUAUCAGAACCAUGUGACGCUCUCUCGUCAAACUAGCGCCUGAGGGCACAAAAUGCCCGGGCAUUAGUGUUCAAGCAUCAAGUGUAAACGUAAAUAGCCUGAUGUGUUUUCCAUAAAUGUCUUCUUAUAGCCAUGCGUCUUCUCCGUGCGUCUUCUGUUAUAACCACACGUGUUUUCUAGAGCUAUGCGUGCCUCCUUAUUGCCGAGCAUGUUUUCUUACAGCCAUACGUGUUCUUUUUGCAGGCCCUUUUAUCGCAGCUGAGCGAGAUAUGGUAAGCGUGUAACAAAAAUUAAUAUAUUUUUCAAACACCUUAUUUGAACAUUCAAAGGUGCUUUAGUUCUAUCACGCAAUUGCAACAAUUAUUUUCAGGGUGGAUUUCCGCCUUGGUUAUUGAAGGACUACACUACUAACUACAUGCCGCGAUUCAGAACAAUGAAAAACGCCGGUAAGUGGCCACAAAUGCUUUUAUCAUUCAAUUUAAUUGGUGUAAUAAAAUGUUUUGUUCAUUUGUGCCUUAGUGGCCGCCACUAUUUCUUAUUUUCUCACCGCUGCUACAAAUUUUUCAUGUUGGUUGUCCUUCCUCUCCUUUGUUUUUUAACUCUCGCUCUAGCUCUCUGUCGCUCUUUUCCUGGUUGAGCUUCGCUGGCCUGUCGCCUACUUUCUCUUUUUCUCUGUUUUUCUCUUUCUCUACAUUCCAAACUUGCGGACGGGAUAAUUAAUCUAAGCUUAAUACUUUAGAAAACAUGGAUACAGAAACCAUUUCCGCUUUCCGUUUUCGUCUUUACUAACUCUUCAGUUGUCUCUGCUUCACGAGACGCGGGUGGCUAUAUUAUUUCCGCCAAAUAAACUCAAGUUGCAUUGGGGGUUGGUAUACCUGUUGAUUGAAUUAUUUUACAUUGGUAUGCCUAUGGUGCGGACGGACGGAGGGACGGUCGAGGGUAGGUCACGUGAUUCCCAAAAUUUCUCAGGUGGGCAGAUUACCACAUUUUCUUAGGUAUGGGGCUACGCUCGCGCGCGCUUCGCGCGUACGUGGAUCCCCGCUAAUAAGUCAAGUCAAAGUCAGUACCUUACACAUGCGCACAGUCAUAUCACAUAUCACAUGGGCAUUUCCCACUUUGGAAACGGGAAGGAAACUGAGCCUUAACUGACUCUAGCAAAGACUUGUGGGACUGUGACUACAGUUGACUCCCGAUAACUCGAACUCUCGCUAACUCGAACCUCGCGCUGACUCGAACCAAAAUCGAUUUCCCUGGAUUUUCGUCAUACAUUUACUGUAAUUUUACCCUCGAUAACCCGAACCUCCCGCCAACUCGAAGUAGUUUUUGUUUCUCCUCAGGUCAUUUCUAUAUGAUUUUACCCUCGAUAACUCGAACCAUGUUUUCAGCCCUUAAAAGUCGGGAAAAGACAGUCUACUGGCGUCCCAAACAUUGAAUUUUGAAUUGCCCAUUGACGUGUUGUAGGCAUAUAGUUUACUAUUGGAGGCUGAUGUUGUUUGUCACAAAUCUAACGUAAAACAGCUUUACUUCUCAAAACAAUAAAACUCAUACUCUGUUUAAGCAAAGUUUUGUUAUGUUACGUUCUGAUUUAUAAUCUAGAAGUAUCUUUUAAUUUUCACUUGACAUUUCUUCAAUUAAAUGUGAUUAAAAUGGUCACUAUGCGGUAAAAACUGUUUUUUCCUAACUCCUGGCUACUUUUUUCGAGCUCCCGAUAACUUGAACCUUUGUCGAUUUCCCUUGAAGGUUCGAGUUAUCGGGAGUCGACUGUACUUCCUA